AAUCUUCAAAACUUCAAACUUGGUUUUAAGCCUGACAUUGUAACGCUUACUACCUUAAUCCAUGGGCUUUGUAGGGAGGAUAAAUUUGGUAAAGCCGUGGAUUUGUUUGAUGAUAUUGUUGAAAAAGGUUAUCAACCCGAUGUUUAUACCUAUACUGUGAUUGUGAAUGGUCUGUGUAAAAUUGGGAAAACCAACAUUGCCUUUGGUAUUCUGAAAAGGAUGGUAGAGAAAGGUUGUGCGCCUGAUUUGGUGCCAUAUAAUGCUAUCAUUGACAGUCUCUGCAAGGAUAGAUUUGUUACUGAGGCAUUAGACCUCUUCUUCAAAAUAAAGAGCAAAGGUAUCUUACCUGAUGUUGUGACCUACAUUAAUCCCGUCAUCUUGAUUCAUUGUUACUGUAAGAGAAAAAGGAUAGAUGAAGCAAUGCGGCUUCUUGAUGAAAUGCGUCGCAAAGGCUUGAUGCCUGACCAUUUCACUUAUAGUUCUCUUAUACGUGGCUUGUGUAAAGCAAAGAGCCCUUGUGCUGCACAUAAGUUUUUCAAGGACUUGUGUGCCAGUGGCUAUUCUCCCGACGUGGUGGUGUACUCGGUUUUGAUAGAUGGCUUUUGUAAGCAUAGCUGUCUUGAUAUGGCAUUGGAUCUAUUUCAUGAAAUGCAAAAGAAAUUAUUGAAGCCUCCUAACCUUAUUGUCUAUAGUACUCUAAUUGAUGGUCUGUUCAAAGCUGGAAAGGUUAAAGAUGCAAAGGAAUUGUUUUCUAGACUUUCCAUAGAAGGGUUGCAUCCCGAUGUUUUCACAUACACUAUAAUGGUCAAAGGACUUUGUAAAGAAGGAUUAUUAGAUGAAGCAUUAAAGGUUGUCAGGAAAAUGGAAGGGAAUGGUUGCUCACCAAAUGAUUGCUCUUAUAAUGUGAUUAUCAAAGGAUAUCUCCGACACAAUGAUUUGUCCAUGGCAACAGAACUAAUUGAUGAAAUGGUUGGCAAGGGGUUUUCUGCAGAUGCGACUACUGUGGAGUUGAUAGUAAACAAUGAUCUGCUUGUGAAAAAGCUACUAAGCUGCUCUAAAAGUUCUCAAGGUGUAAAGUUGAAGUACCAUGUGGAUUUUGGGUACUCUCUUAUCGGUAAAAUCUUCAAACUCGGUUUGAAGCCUAAUAUUGUAACGCUUACUACCUUUAUCCAUGGGCUUCGUAGGGAGGAUAAAUUUGGUGAAGCUGUGGAUUUGUUUGAUGGUUUGAAGCCUAAUAUUGUAACGCUUACUACCUUUAUCCAUGGGCUUCGUAGGGAGGAUAAAUUUGGUGAAGCUGUGGAUUUGUUUGAUGAUAUUGUUGAAAAAGGCGAGGAAGGUUGCCUGCCUAAUUUGGUGUCAUACAGUGCUAUCAUUGACAGCCUCUGCAAGGAUAGAUUUGUUACCGAGGCAUUAGACCUCUUCUUGAAAAUAAAGAGCGAAGGUAUCUUGCCUGGUGUUGUGAACUACAACACCUUAAUCCAUGGUCUGUGCAUUGUCAAGCAGAUGGAAGGAGCUUUUAUGUUGCUUAACCAAAUGUUGAGAGCAAACAUCACACCAAAUAUAAUUACCUUAAGUACUUUGGUUGAUGGACUUUGUAAGGAAGGAAAGGUUUCAAAGGCUCAUGGUGUAAUCAAAUUGAUGAUGCAGAGAGGACUAUAACCUGAUAUUAUCACCUACAGUUCAUUGAUGGACGGACAUUGUCUACACAACCAAGUGGAUCAAGCUAGAGAAAUAUUUGACCUGAUGGUAAGCCAGGGCUGUGCACCUACUGUUGUUACCUACAACAUCUUGAUUCAUUGUUACUGUAGGAGAAAAAGGAUAGACAAAGCAAUGCGGCUUCUUGAUGAAAUGCCUUGCAAAGGCUUGAUGCCUGAUAAUUUCACUUAUAAUUCUCUUAUACAUGGCUUGUGUAAAGCAAAGAAGCAAAGAGGCCGGUGCGGUCUGCGCAUAAAGUUUUUCAAGAAACUUGUGUGGGGCCAGGGCUAUUCUCCCCAACGCCUAUUUGGUGGCGCUUACUCGGGACUAUUUCAUGAAAUGCAAAAGGAAAUUAUUGAAGCACUUGACCUUGUUGUCUAUAGUAACCUGGGGAUUGAUGGUAUGUUCAAAAUUGAAAGAAUUAAAGAUGCAACAGGGAAAUUGUUUUCUAGAACUUCCAUAGAGGGCGUUGAAGCCUGA